CACACUGCCACAACAUGUUCUUUUUCAGGCGUACGUCUUUGCGCAUACAUCGUACCCCGAUUUCUUCCGUGAAAAAUCAUGGCCGAAGUAGCUGAGAACGUUGUGGAGAACUUCGAGGAGCCGGCACCCAUUGAGACCGAGGCUGCCGAGGCUGUCCUCGACACAAAUGUGGUUGCCACCACCGAACUGCCUGAGAUCAAGCUGUUCGGCCGCUGGUCUUGCGAUGAUGUCACCGUCAACGAUAUUUCGCUGCAGGAUUACAUUUCCGUGAAGGAGAAGUUCGCUCGCUAUCUGCCCCAUUCGGCUGGUCGCUAUGCCGCCAAGCGUUUCCGCAAGGCCCAGUGCCCCAUUGUGGAGCGUUUGACCUGCUCGCUGAUGAUGAAGGGACGCAACAACGGCAAAAAGCUGAUGGCUUGCCGCAUUGUCAAGCACUCCUUCGAGAUCAUCCACUUGCUCACCGGCGAGAACCCACUGCAGAUCUUGGUCAGCGCCAUCAUCAACUCUGGACCUCGUGAGGACUCCACCCGUAUCGGUCGUGCUGGUACCGUCCGUCGUCAGGCUGUGGAUGUGUCGCCCUUGCGUCGCGUCAACCAGGCUAUCUGGCUGCUGUGCACUGGUGCCCGUGAGGCUGCGUUCAGAAACAUCAAGACCAUUGCCGAGUGCUUGGCUGAUGAGCUGAUCAACGCCGCCAAGGGUUCAUCCAACUCGUACGCCAUCAAGAAGAAAGACGAAUUGGAGCGUGUUGCCAAGUCUAACCGUUAAGGAGAUACAAAACAAAAUCCACAAUAUAAAAACAACACACAAAUAACAAAUAACGUUUUGUUUAAUGUCCGAUUAAAAUUUGAUACUUUA